GAGAAUGACUAAGAACAUAGAUGAUGUUGAAGUGCGAGGAAGGAAUGCGAAUAUUGAACCUCAAGUAAAUCCUCCAACAGCAGAUGGAUUUAAAAAUAAGAUGGCUAUCCAGAGAUCCUACAGUGUAGAGAACGGAUAUCAUGGUAAGACCCGGAGUCUUGUUGGAGACGCAAAGUUCGAAUCUUUCGUGAGAAGAGAAACAAAAACUAAACUCCUCGAGUCAGCUCAGGAAUUCGAGUUUGAUAUAGUAGAUGAAGAAGAAGCUCUCCUACUUGAAUCCUUGUCAACAGAAAACAACAAUGACAAGGUAAGAUUGAGGAUCUUGGUUGAGACCAAGGACUGUUUGCUCGGACUAACAAGGAUAAUGAAGAUACUCGAGAGUGAGGAGGGUAAACUAUAUCAUCUUGAAUCCAGGAAACCGAAGAAAUCAGAGAAAAAUAUUGAAAUGGAAUUUCUUCUCUCCUGCCAGGUAAAACCUGCUAGAGCACUGUUCCUCUUGAAGAGUUUGAAGACUAGUAACGGCCUCGUCGGGGCAAGAUUGGUUGGUGGUAUUGAAGUAUCUGAAUCCUGUGUCUGGUUUCCAAAACAUAUUUCAGAGUUGGAUCAAUGCAAUCAUGUUCUCACCAAACUAGAACCAGAUUUAGAUAUGGACCAUCCAGGCUGGAGUGACCUGGAAUACAGGGCUAGACGGAAAAUGAUCGCUGAUAUAUCAUUCAACUAUGUUCAUGGUCAGAAAAUACCGGAAGUUGAAUACACCAAAGCGGAAAUAGAAACCUGGGACGUUGUUUAUCUAGAGCUUCUUCCAGGACGAGCUUCUCAAGUUCAUAUCAAGUAUCUUGAGAUCAUGGAGAAGGAGUGUGGAUAUGGUGUUGGAAAGAUACCCCAGCUAGAGGAUGUCUCAAACUUUCUUAGAAGAACCUCUGGGUUUAGCCUGCGACCUGCAGCUGGCCUGGUCACAGCCAGAGAUUUCCUCUCUAGCUUGGCGUUCAGAGUGUUCCAGUGUACACAAUAUGUCCGACAUCCUAGUUCACCGCACUACUCCCCAGAACCAGAUGUUCUCCAUGAGCUGAUCGGUCACUGCCCGAUGUUUGCUGAUCCCACAUUUGCCCAGUUUUCACAGGAGAUCGGUCUUGCAUCUCUAGGAGCCAAGGACUCAGAGAUUGAGAAACUAGCGACGUUGUACUGGUUCACUGUGGAGUUUGGUCUAUGCAAAGAAAACGGAGCAGUGAGAGCUUAUGGAGCAGGCUUACUCUCAAGCUAUGGAGAACUACUUCAUUCACUUAGUCGUAAACCAGCAGUAGAAUACAGAAUACAGGAUAUCUACUAUAUUGCUGAGUCAUUCGAGGAUGCUAAGCAGAGACUGAGGGCUUGGGUCUCCACAUCCCUGAGUCGACCCUUCACAGUUCGAUAUAUUCCCUUCACCCAGAGUAUAGAAGUGAUGGAUACUUUUGCUUCAACAUAUAAUCUAAUCCAGGAGUUGAAAAUUCAAGUAACUCAGCUUUCUUCUGCUUUUGACCAGAUUUCAACAACAAAUCAGCUGAUAACAGAGAAAAUAAUCUAAAUAGCUGAUUAAAAGCUCGGUCUAGCUGAUAACUUUGUAACUUACAGCUAGUUGAGUUAAACUCAUUCUCUUCAUCUAAUAGUUGACAGCUGAGUCUAAUUUUUUUUCGCUGAUUUUGACAGACUAGCUGAUCAAACCAAGCUAAAUAAUAUCAGCUGGUUUAUUAAAGGGACUGUAAGCGUAAUUUCAAAGAUGACAAUGUUCGAUUUGUAACAGAAUCCUUUAAACCUGAACCUGCAAUCAAAAAUGGGGAAAAAUCAAUAGAAUUGUUCUGACUCUAAAAGUGUUCCUUUCUGUGAUUGCGCAAAUCUGCACUUUCGCUGAGAAUACGCAAAUGACAAUAAAGUAACAAAAAUAUUGAUAUAUAAUUCAUACUUGAGCAGACAAAGCUUUAAAUUAGGGUACCGUUGUAAAUCUGACAUUUCCAUCUUUGCAUGGAGGGUCACUUGAAAUUACACUUACAGUCCCUUUCUUCAGCUUAAAAUCGAGUUAAAAAUUGAUCUUUAAUUGAUCUUUUAUUGAUCUUUAAUCGAUUUUUAUCAUGUUUCACAGGUUCAAGCAGUUUCAAUGUACAUAGGAAUUAUAACUAAACUUUUAUCUCGUCUUCGGUCUUUAGAAGUAAAUUAAAAAUGAUUCACAAAUGUAAUUUCGGUAAUUAUUUUCUCUUAUAGAUGACAGGAGAUCAUCAGACAUUUCGAUUACAUUUCAAUUAAAAAAUCAGGGGUUCGAAAAUGUUUGCUUUUUAAGUAUAAACGGAUGUAUAAUUUUGUUUAUGAAUAAAUGCUGCGUAUUGAUCAGAGACGAGUUUAACGUGUUAUUGGAUUCCCCUGUUUUUGGAACUUAUAUACUCUAGAGUGAACCAGAGCAACUGAAAAAGUAAAAAUCAAACAAAAUUUUCAAAUUAUUAAACUAUUAUGAAAAUGAAUGAAUACUAUCGAUUUAAAAAGUUUUAUAAAACAUGUAUUUAUCUAAAAUAUAACCGUACGUGUAAGACGAACAAAUUAAAAUGUGAAUAUUUCUGUUGUCAAUAAACAUAUCUGAAUCAUUA